AUGGAAUUAGUCAGAACACUUGCCGGUCUUUCUGUUUCCAGUAUUCGACAAUUUCGCGAUGAUGAUUCCUAUAUCGAUCGGCUCAAUCAUCGAUAUACAACAACAUUAUGCGUUGUCUUCGCUAUUCUUGUUACUACUAAACAAUACGCCGGUGAUCCAAUUGAUUGUUGGGUGCCAGCUCAAUUUAAACCAUCUUAUGAAGCCUAUACGGAUAGCUAUUGUUGGAUUGCAAAUACCUAUUAUAUUCCAAUUGAUGAAGAAUUACCCGAUGAAGAAUCAGCACGAAGAAAUAAAGACAUUCUCUAUUACCAAUGGGUACCAUUUAUAUUACUCUUUCAAGCUUUUCUAUUCUAUUUUCCUCGUAUUGUAUGGCGUACACUUAAUGUUAAAUCAGGCCUUGAUUUAGUUAAUCUGGUUGAUGCAGCCGUUAAAUACGAACAAGUUGAACAGUAUGAAUCACGAGAUCGUAUAAUGAGUUAUUUAAUUAUUAAUAUCGAACGAUAUAUAUCAGCACGUGCUCAUUUAAUUCGGCAUCGUAUUGACAAGCAAUAUUCUUGGGCUCGUCGAUUUUUUCAUUUAUUUUUCUUUUGUUCAAAUCGUCAUUAUGGAAAUUAUCUUGUUAUCGUCUAUUUUCUUGUUAAAUUAUUAUGGCUUGUUAAUGCUUUAGCACAAUUAUUUUUAUUAAAUACUAUUUUGGGAAAUGAUUAUUAUUUAUUUGGUUUUGAAGUUAUUGAAAAAUUAUUUAAAAAUCAACGUUGGACUGAAAAUAGACAUUUCCCUAAAGUGACAUAUUGCGAUUUUAAAAUUCGAGAAAUUGGCGUUAAUCAUUUUUAUACAGUGCAAUGUGUCUUAAGAAUUAAUUUAUUUAAUGAAGUUAUCUUCAUUAUUCAAUGGUUUUGGCUCAUAUCCAUAAGCGCCGCAACCAUUUAUGAUUUUCUACUUUGGUUAUAUAAUUGCACAGUAUCGCGUGAAAAAGUACGAUUUAUCAAACGUCAUCUUGGAAUCAUGUCACCAUUUAAUCCUAAAGAAGAACGUCAAGAAGCACGUGACUUUGUUCUUCAUUAUUUAAAAGACGAUGGUGUUCUCCUAACACGUUUACUUUCAUUAAAUAGUAGUGAUCUCGUUGUAACAGAAAUAAUAAAUCAAUUAUGGAUUCGUUAUAAAACUGUUAAUCAACUUUAUUCAACUGUUAAUACUCAACGUCCUAAUCCUAAUAUUCCAAAUACCGAAAUAAUAAAUAACGAAAAUAAUGUCAAUACGAGUACAUUAGGAACAGAUAUAAAUUAUGAAAAUGCUAACACAAAUAAUCAUCGACAACGAUCGUCUCACAUGCCAUCACUAUUAUUAUCGUCGACAAAUAAAACUUAUCAUCAUUAUUCAAAAUCUGAAAAAUCAGAAAACAAAUCAUCUAAAGAUACAGAUGUUUAG